GGCUCAGUCGUAGGCUACGCUUCAUGAUGAGUAAACUAACCUUAAGAUCUGGGGAAUGCCCCUUUAAGGAGUAGCGCAAACAAGUUGCGCAAACACACCGUCUAUUACGGUACCGAGCCGUUAACGCCGCACGGACGCGCCACUCACCGUCACCACCACCACCGCCGGCGUGCACCGACUGAGUAAAAGUCAAGAUGGCGACCGAGGGUCAGGCUGAGUACGAGUCGGUCCUCUGUGUCAAACCUGAAGUCUGUGUUUACCGAAUCCCACCGAGAGCCUCCAACCGGGCCAUCAGGGCUGCAGAUUGGAAGCUGGAUGCUCCCGACUGGACAGGACGCAUGCGUGUGACGGCCCGGGGCAAAGUGGCCUACGUGAAAUUGGAAGACAAAAUCUCUGGGGAGCUGUUUGCCCAAGCACCAGUGGACGAGUACCCUGGCAUCACAGUGGAAACAGUGAGUGACUCAAGCCGUUACUUUGUGCUCCGCAUCCAGGAUGACAACGGCCGCAGUGCGUUCAUAGGCAUCGGAUUUGGAGACCGAGGCGAUGCCUUUGACUUCAAUGUGGCUCUUCAGGACCACUUCAAGUGGGUGAAACAGGAAGAUGAGUUUAAGAAGCAGGCGCAGGAGCCAGACACAACCCCAAAACUGGACCUGGGCUUCAAAGAAGGACAGACUAUCACUCUCAAUAUAGGGCAAUCAAAAAAGAGGGACAGGUCUCGCCCGCAGAGUUCAGGUGGAUUUGGGCUUCUUCCACCGCCUCCUGGGGGCAAGUUAGCCCCACCUCCUUCUGCCAGAUCUACCAAUCAUAACACACAGCCAUCUGCAGGAGGAAGUGACACUGGUUGUUUUUUUGAUCUGGAUGCCAGUAACUCAAACUCCGACUCCACCACGACAGCCAGCUCUGACCUGUGGGGAGACUUUGACUCUGUGUCCCCGAAGUGAGAAGGGGUACACUUUGUUUUUCUCCCUCUUCCAGCUCUCUCUGUAAAUGUAUGAAGCACCUUUUUUUUUUUUUUUCCCCCCGUUAUAGGGUGCUGUUUCUCUCCCUGCCAAGCAGGGUAACCCCCUUUACCAGUUUGUUCUAUUUUAGUUCUCUUGGCUUUUGGUCUUCACCAGAGAUCCACUCAGACCUCACAGUCCAGUCUUAAUUUAGGCCAUCAUGCUCUCCAUCCCCAUGAGGAUCCUGGUCCCUCUCCUUCUGUAUCUCCCCUCUCUUGUUUUCCAUUUUCCUUGUUUGAAUUUGGCUUUUGCCCAUUUUCCAUUUCAUGUUUUAUUUGCUGAUUUCUAUCGUAUACAUACUAGAAAUACGAGCAAGGGAGACAUCAUUUGAAACAUCUGAUGAUGACUACAUCUAAUAAAAUAGGAUAAUGAAUGCAUUUUCUGUACAGAAAAAUAUUUAUUUUCAAUGUAUAUAUUGUCAGUAGUUUGUAAUUCUUGUCAUUGGUGUUGUCACCUGUGUGUUCUGUAGCUUAGUUUUUCUCCCCAGCAGUGGGACUCACUAUAUGCACUGACUGGCAGUCGAGUCUGUCUGUAGUUGGUAACGCAUAAAGUCUCGUUGAACACUCGGAUUGUUUAAAUAGACUUACACUGCUGUUCGAAGGUUUGGAGUCACCUAUUCUGUUAUAUUCAAUAAUGACUAUUUUCAAAGGGAUAAAUAGAGUAUGAUUCAGACAUAAAAUCAUCUUCAACUGUUGCUCAGAUGGAUCUUUGUCUCUUUCUGCCCUUUUCAGUUGUCAGUCUUCUUGAAUAAUUGUACAGCGUACCAAAAAAAAAAAGACAUUUUUUGCUAACUUUUCAUACAAAAUAACAGUUAUUUGUAAAGAGGACAACCUAAAAUCAUGACAUAAACUGUCACAAAUCCAACUUUCUUGGCAGGUGAUCUCAAACUUUUGAACAGCAGUGUAGGCUAAGAGUUUACCACACAAGGAUUUUUACUUGAAAGAAGCUGAUUUACAGAUUAGUUGUGCUCUCCAGCGCCCUCUAGUGGCUCUACAGCAUUAUUAUGAGAGAUGUCAAAUUGAGCUGCAGCUGUUGAACACAUAUUUCACCGGGGAUGGGUCCUUGGCAAUGUUGUAAGUGUAAAGCAGUGCGAAAUAGGAAUAAUUGAUGUGAUAGGGUGUUGGCGAAAGAAAUGGAGGCUUCAAGCACUUUUAUCUUUGUCUCAAGGAGAAACAGAGGAGGUUUAGUCCUUGUUAAGUCAUCUUUACUCAGCUGUUAAAGCUGCGACUGGUGAGUCAUUUAGGUCACGACCUCUCUCCUCCUCAAUGAAUAGGUCUGUGUUUUUGAACUGUCCCGUAUGUCAUCUCCUUAAUUCUUUAUGAGAAGGUGGUCCGGUCGCAGACCUCAAUCACAGCAUGUUGUACAAACUGAGUUUUAACUGUGAACUUCAAUUCCAUGCUGAGCUGUAACGUCGUUAAAGGUAUUCUGAUGCGGACGAAUGCAACCUGGGACCAAGCUAGUUUGUUUGAUGCAGUGUUUUGUUGUUAUAUAGUCAUAUACAGAGAGAUGGAAUAUGUUGCACUGAUGUCACAUGUGGUAUGAUGAUGAUGAUGAUGAUGGAUAUUGAUUGGAGCACACAUAGAUUGUGUGAGUGUAACGCUCUAAACAAUGUUUGUCAAUGUUUGUUUACUGUUUAAAUUAUAUGCAUCUCUCCCAAAUGUGACUUGUUAUUCAAACUGUAUAUGUGUAUGUAUAUGCAAAGGAAAACAUAAAAAUAUCACUCAGUGGCCAUCACUUUAAUUUUAUUUAUUUUUUUCUCCUGAAUAAACAGAGCGAAAAAUAACAACUCAUUAAACAAAUAACUCAUG